AAUCGGAUCACGUCAAAGCAUAAACUCUUUGUUGCCAUUUUUAAAAAUGGCUGCAACAAAAAAGGACGGCGGCGCUAACUCAAAAUAUUGGGAUUCACCAGAAACUAUUGAAUCCCUCGAGCCAGUUCGACAAUGGUUACUUAAAAAUUCAAAGAAAUUUGUUCAAGCUGAAUCUCCAAGCACAAAAAGUUUGGCGGAAUUGGUAAAACAAAUGAUACAAUUUCAGGAGGAUGCUUUUGGUAAAAACAUCAGUAAACCCCCUCUCACUCGACUAUCUAUGAAAAUUUUAACUGAUAACACACCUGGUGGUGGACUGUGUCAUGUUUUAGCUAGCGCAUUCAAAUAUAAAGUGGACCAAGGAUGGAGACGUUUUGAUUUCCAGUCUCCAUCUCGCAUGGAUAGAAAUGUAGAAUUAUUUCUCAAUAUAGAAAGGUCAUUAAAGGAGAAAAAUUUGCUGAAACCACCAAAAAUCUGUUUUGAACCUACAAUGGACACAAAACAUUUACUCAGGUUAAGAGAUAUUGUUAAAAGGCAUCAGGGUAUUAUUGUGGAGGAGAAAAGUGAUGCAACUCAUAUUGUACAUUCCCCACCUUCUUCAUAUUCUAGUGAAGGUAACUUGUAUUUGACAAAAAAAAACAUUCUGCCGUCCACUGAAGAGGAGUGGAUUCGUCCCAUUAUGAAGCUAGACAAAACUGUAUUGGUGCAUUGGUGGUACUAUCCAGACAGUUACGAUUCUUGGAUUCCUUUGAGUGAAUGUGAUCAAGAACCUGAACCAGCUCCUCAAAAAACCAAGCCAUGGGAGGUUAAUGGUCGUUGGCUUCUUGAUAUGGAUUUAUAUAAUGAGUGGAUGAAUGAAGAAGAUUAUGAAGUUGAAGAUAGUAGCAUGGGCCCUGUUUCACCACAAGAAAAAGGAACAAAGAGAAAGAUUAAAGGAAGGCUAAUGAGUGACGAUGGUAGCAGUAGAAAGCGUAAGUUGAUGACAUCACCCGAACCAAAUGGUAAAAAGAAAAAGAAAGGAAAGAGUAAAGAAGAAAUGGAAGGAGACAACGACUCGACACUUGAACUACCUGAUCCUGAACCCGUUCCAAAUCCGACAGUUUUACCAGUGGAUGACACACAACUAGCAAUUAUCAGUAAAGUUAACGCAGUGGUGGAUUUGUCAAAUAAUACUCCUGCAAACGAGAAUACGAAGGAAGACAAAGAGGAGGAAAAUAAAGAAAAGCUGAAGAAGGAAAGGAGCAACGACAAACCAGUAGCGAAGAUUUCCGAAGAAGUACAUCGCGAUCCAGAAAUGCCUCAUGAUGAUAACCUUCCCGAGCAAACUCGACACAUCGUUAUUCCAAGUUACGCAGCUUGGUUUGAUUACAAUAGUAUUCAUGCUAUUGAGCGAAGAGCUUUGCCAGAAUUUUUUAACGGCAAGAAUAAAUCCAAGACUCCAGAAAUAUAUAUGGCAUUCAGAAACUUUAUGAUUGAUUCUUACCGCCUAAAUCCAACUGAAUACUUGACUGCAACUGCCUGCAGAAGAAAUUUAGCCGGCGAUGUUUGUUCUAUUAUUCGUGUCCAUGCUUUUUUGGAGCAAUGGGGUCUAGUAAACUAUCAGGUAGACACUGAUAGCCGCCCGCUACCCAUGGGUCCACCUCCAACGUCACAUUUCCAUGCACUGGGUGAUACACCUUCUGGAUUGCAGCCUCUACUGCCACCAAAAUCUAAUAUUUCUGCGUCGCAGCAAUUAAUUAAUCUAGCUGAUAAGGACAGAAAACCAGAUACAGAGGACGUCACAGAUCUUAGCAAUUUUGGUUUACGUAACGAUGUGUACCUAACAAAGAAAGCACAGAAGAGUCGAUCAGCUGCUUAUAAAGAAUGGACUGAUCAAGAAACGUUACUGUUGUUAGAAGGACUGGAACUCCAUAAAGAUGAUUGGAACAAAGUAUCGGAACAUGUAGGAACAAGAACGCAGGACGAAUGCAUCAUGCAUUUCUUAAAACUACCGAUUGAAGAUCCAUAUUUAGAAAAUGACACAUCUGGUUUCCUUGGUCCUCUUGCCUACCAACCAAUGCCGUUUAGUCAGUCUGGUAAUCCAGUGAUGUCUACCGUAGCAUUUCUUUCUUCUAUCGUCGACCCUCGUGUGGCUAGUGCAGCUGCAAAGGCAGCCAUAGAUGAAUUUACAAAACUGAAAGAAGAGAUUCCUGAAGAUCUGAUACAUGCACACGUAGAAAGAGCGCAAGCAGAGCUUAAAGCUGAAGAACAAAAGAAAGAAGCUGAAGGAACAGAAGAUGUUGAAAUGAAAGAUGGUGAGGAGAAGCAAAAGAGCGAAGAAGCACAAAGUGAGGAGAAACCAGCAGUAUCUCCUGCGAAGAAGUUGACUGAGGAAGAGAAGGAGAAAGUGAAAGCCCAUCAAAAACUUACAGAUGGAAAUAUCAAAACAGCUGCUUCUGCUGCUAUUGCAGCUGCUGCAGUGAAAGCUAAGCACCUAGCGCAAGUGGAAGAACGGAAAAUCAAAAGUUUGGUGGCUUUACUUGUUGAAACACAGAUGAAGAAACUGGAAAUCAAACUGCGUCAUUUUGAGGAGUUGGAAACAAUCAUGGAUAAAGAAAGAGACAUGUUGGAACAACAGCGACAAGCGCUUAUAAAAGAACGACAAGAAUUUUACAUGGAUCAGAUAAAAGCACAAGAAGCCAGAGCAACUAAGACAGGAGAUGUACUUGAUAUGCAACCCCACCCACCGUCAGCCACGCCUGCUGUCCCAGCGGUUUCUCUGUCUGCCGAAUCGGAAAAAAAAGAGGAUUUUGAUCCAACCAAAACUUCCACCGCCGACACUAAAAUACCAGGACCAGAUUUCUUGCAGCACCAAAUGACUACAGCUCGAUCAGGUGGACCGUCGCUAUCUGUACUGUCUCCGAUGGAACCAAAGCGUGAUCUGACAUCUUCAGGCUCCCCUGCUGUCACUGCUGCUGAGUUACUAACUGCAAAAGCUCCUGUUCCCCUUAACAACGCACAGGAGGAGAAGAAAAUACCUGAGUUACCACCAUACGCUGCGCAACCUCCACCUAUGCCAACAAGCACCGGACGUGGUCGCAAUAGGGGAGGAAGGGGUAGAGGUGGUCAUGGACGUGGAGGCCAGAACAAUACGGAUGCAAUGCAUCAAGCCUACAUGGCUAACAUGCCACCCUACAGUGGUUACGCUGGCUUUCCAGGUCAGCAAAUGGCUGGUAUGGCACCGGGAAUGCAAGGCUUUCAACCUAAUCCUAUGAUGCAAGCAGGUGCUGGAAUGAUGCCAAAUAUGAACCCGGCACAAUUCCCUGCAGGACAGUUUCCUCCUGGAGGUCAGUUUCCACCAAUGUAAGAUGACAUAGGAUUUACCUAAGUCAUGACAUUUCUUAGCCAACCAAUAGAUCUAAAAAAAUGUAAAUAUAUUUUAUGGACUUACGCAAUUUUCAUUCAAAAUCAUUUUUAGCUUAAUAGUAAAAUGCAUCUCUGAGUCCUAACAUCGAAAGUACAAACAGUAUUUUGCACCUCGAAUGAGGUUUUUAGAAGAAGAAAAUGUUCAAGAGAAACACCACAUUGUAUUGAUCUUCUCAAGCUGCUGUAACAAGUAUGUCUUUCUGUAUGUGAAGACAAUUCUGUUUUAGUAAUUCGUUGAAUGAUUUUAACCUGAUAAUA